CCUAUUUCCCCACACUACAAUAAUGCCGUGGUUUUGCCGAUGCCUCGCGCCCAGCUGUCUCUGUGAACAUGUAUUUCUGUGUGUGACACGCGUUUUCGUCGCUGUCAAGCCCGCCCACCUGAUUAGAAUUCGGGACCGACUCGGGACAAUACCAAGCCGUGGAGAGCGAGAGCUGUUUGUUGGCGUUGCCCAGCAGAUCAUAGUGGGUGUAUUGGAUUGCAUUUCGGCGUGUACUGUGCUUCGGGGUGCCAUGCUUUUGAUGUCUCUGCGUCGUGCAGAUCUGGAGGAACAACGGUCCAUUGGUAACCCUCUUUGUAGGGUACUUGCUGUCCAGACUCCCUAUAUCCUCGAGACCUUGGCAUCACGACGGCCAAGAAUUACCAAAGUUCCUUGGUCUGCGAACCACCGAUUUAGUGUUCCCGCCAAGCCACCACAAGCCAUCACCAAGGGAGGAGCCGAGCCGAAUCUACCAAGGUUACCAGGGAGGGCGGCUUUUCAUAUACUUCUCUCAAGCUUCCCCGCAACCCAUACCACCGGCUCACUGAAAGCUCCGGACACUAAAAGGCGGUAUCGUCAGAGGACCUGGAUAGAUUUGCCACCUACGGACGGGGCCCUUGCAAGCCCUGGGCCUUUUUCAUCUCUCGAGGUUACCUGGACAACUGAGAUCUGGCACCUAGGACUGCUCCGCCAGCUGCCCCUGAAGCAUAUCGACUAUGUCUCUGUAUUAGGUCAGACUAUAGGGCACCCUCGACGGAUGAUGCGACAGGCGAUUCUGUUUACCAGACAAAACAAGCUGAAAGGAAGAUUUGUUAUUAAAGCACAGGAGGAUCAAGGCGUCACUAUAGGAGACUGGACAAGAUCAUAUCGGUAUCAGCCUGAGUCCUAA